AUGCAUUUAGAGACAUUAAAACCUCUCAUUAAGUACGAUGAGUUAUUGGAUGGAAAUCCAGUAUCUAGAAGCAAGUGCUGCAAAACGCUUCCAAAUAUCCAGGCUGGUGAUUUCGGUUUUGUAUAUAAUGACAGCACUGUAAUAAAGUCUGAUAAAGUCUACUACGAUGACUGCGCUUCAAAAAUAAUUUUCGCACUUCAAGAAGAUCAGCAACCCAGAAUUGAUCGCACAAUCGAACAAGUAUCAACUGAUGAUUUAUCGACUUGCACCACUGUAAAAAAUGUGGAUUCUCCGUUUCUGGUGAAACCGGAAUUAAAAACACCAGAACUCCAACAUCAACAAUCAGGAGAUUUAUUCGAAACAUUGCAACAAUUGAAUACGAUGACGAAACCGCGAGGAACGACAGAUACAGCGAAACAACCCGCGUUUUCGAAAAUAGAUCGCGUUUCUUUGGCGAAACUGCAGUCAUUUUCCUGUGACGCUUCGAAGUCGAAGAGAUCCGCCGAUUGCGAGGAUGAUAAGUCGCAACGAUCGAAACGCAAAGACGAGACCAAAGACACGUGUUCUCAGGAGGUUGCGAAGAGUCGCUGCCGGAUCGAGAGACGGCAAUCAAAGUCAUAUAAACGACGCGAAGAUUGCGAGAAAUCCGAUGAGCCCCGUGCAGUUUGUAAAGAUACAAUAAAAGAAAGGAAUGAUUGUAAACCAAAAUGCGAGAAACGACGCAAGAAACGUGACAUCAGCGAGAAAGAGCGGCAAAAGUGCACUGGAAGCAGUCGAAAGCGAUCCAACAGCUGUCGCAGAAGAAAUUCUUCCCGAGCCGGUGAUAAAAGCUGCAACAAAGUAGACGGAAAACGACGUUACUCGCAACAAUCAAUUUUCUCCGUCUCGCAAGAUCGUAAAUCUUUCUCCACUUUGAUUCCCGAUAUCGCUCUCGGCACGAAUAUAAGCAAGACAACGCAGAGAUUUUAUGCUAGCUGCAGCAAAGAUGAGAAAGAUCGAAAACAGAGUCCGUCUUGCGAGAAACGAAGGAGAAAAUGCGAGACUAAGGAAAAAGAUGAAAUCAAGAAAAGGUGCGUGAAAGGUCCAGCUAAAUGUAUAUCGAGAAAGAAAACUAUUCACAAGAUGCGAACCUGUCAGUCUACACAAAAAGAUAAACACAAGAAAUCAUGCAAAUCCACGAAAAAAUCCAAUCGUGAAGAAUUUUGUACUAGUAGAAAGAAAGAAUUUAUGAAAAACGAGAAACUCAAAACAGACUCAGUGAAACCAUGUACAUCAUCUAUCAUGAAAGAUAAAAAGCCCAAGGAACAAUCAAUGAAGGGACAAAUAGGUCGCGAAUACAAAGAGAUAGAUGAAUGCAAGAAGGGCUUCAAGAAAGAGAAAGGGGGCAAUAAAGCCAAAAUGGUUUCCAUAGAACACAAGCCGUCGGGCUUGGGCCGCAUAAUCAGUUCAUAUAAAGAACAGAAGAAGGAUAGCGAAAAGUUUGCAAGUACGCCUAACGAAUCAAUCACUUCUACGGAUACCAUAUUCAAGUGGUUCAUCAUUCAAUCUCGGGUUAUUAAUAGCAAGAUUCCAAUUGUCGCCAAGGAUGUCAGACUGUUCAAUGUAAUGUUUGAUCGAUCAUUUUCUACCGCGAAACUGGAUUAUCAGGAUGAUUUUGCUAUCGAACGAACUAUGAGCAAUGGUGAAAUGGCUCAGAAUUAUUCUGCCAAUAGCGACGAUUUUAUUCACGAUGAUGAAUUGCCGAAUUAUGUCGAAAUAGAGUAUGAGGACGAAGAGGAUGACGUUUACGACAUUCGGCCACUAGUCGAUCGGUCUCCGGAAUCGAUUGAAUCUUACGCAAAACUCGCAAAAGCCACAGUAAAUAAUAAUUUAUUAUGCAAAUAGUAAAAAACCAACUUUAUUAUAAUUG